AUGCAGGCUCUGGCUGCGGAGAAGCCUCAGUGGGAUGUGGGGAGGCAGCCAUCGGGCAAGAUUCUCUCGCUGGACAGGCAAGGGGCCAAGAAGGUGCUGGAGAUCUACGUCAGGCGCUCGCUGAGCUGCUGUGAAAACUCGCUGGUGGCCAAAAAAACACUUCAGGAGAGAGCUGGAGGGCAAGGGAAGAAGGCAGGUGGGCUGCAACGGUCAAAAAGCGACUUCUGCAAGUAUUCGAGUGCCAAACUCGGCCCCAAGAAGGACCAGGAGGAGGGACCCAAAGCAUCAGACCAGGACAAAGCUCUGGAUGAUGAGACCAAAGCUCCUGGGGAGGUCCCUAAAGAGGAGCCGGAGCCCAAGAGGAAAAGCACAAAAAACUCUUCCCAGGGCAAAAUCCAACGUACCUGGUUCAAAAGUGUCUUAAAUUUCUUCUUCAAGAAGAGCCCUGAGGACCAGAAGGAAAAUGCGGGGCAAAAAGUAAAGGAAAAAGAUGCCAAAGCUCCUCACAGCUCCAAACCAGAAGGGGCUAGAAGACCCAGAGGGGACUCAAACACAUCCCCACGGCUGGGCAAAGCCCCAAAGAGAAGGUCCAGCCUCAAGAAGGUUUUCUCCUUCAAGAAGCAUGCAGAUGAGGAGCGGGGAGAGGCGGCAGCCGGGGCGAGGGCCAAGCGACCCAGCUGCCUUCCCCUGCGGCACGUCCAGGCGCCGACCACUCCAGAUGCAGAGCAGCCCGACGGUUACUACGCACGCGUCUCGGAAGAGAUCGGGCUGAUCGUGCAGGGCAGCGAGAGCCAGGGGAGCAGAGCGCGUGGAUGCGGGGAGCCGCCGCGGCCGGCCAGUGCCGACGGGCUUGACGAAGCCAUCAGGAGAAUCGUCGCCCUGCUCCAGAGUGCGGGAGAUGAGCUGGACAGGCAGGUGAAGGAAGACGCACGGCUACGGAUGUUCUUCAGAGACAUGUCCUACAGCUCCUUCAAGAACUUGGCUGAUGCCUACGUCCACAAGGAAAUGACGGCCAGCAGACCCGACGUCAACCCCCAAGAGAUCCAGUUUGCCUUCGCGGUGCACCUCACCGCCAAGGUGGCGGGCAUCUGCAACCAGGCAGUGAACCGGAUCAUGGGCUUCGGCACUCGCUACCUGGAAGAUUCAUUUGCACCCUUGUCCUACAGCAAAAUCCUCCAGGAGGACAUCGUCUCCCCUCGGCACGUGGGACACGCCUGCCAGGCAAAACACCGGUCCCGUGGGAUCGUCUGCGCCUUUCCCGAAGCUUGGCAGCUGGGGCUGGGCUUGGCUGAGGACCUGCGAGUGCUGAGCGAAGCGGGAGCAUCCUACGCCUCUUCCGCGCAGCGUCUGUCGAAUUCCCUCGGGGCCUGA